AUGGAGACAGUUCGUGCGCUGAUGGCUGGCCUUAAGGCGCCACAGCACUACGACAAGGUUUUCAAGGAUGAAUGUGUAUAUACGUGCGAUACUCCCUUCUCGGAGGGUGGUCUGGCAGUGAACCUGCGGACGUGGCAGGGUGUAGCUGCAGACAUGGUCGAGCUCGACAUUGCAAGAUCACAAAGCAAAGGUUGCUUGUAUCUGCUGCAGAAGUUUCGGCGGCAAGAGAAGGAGAAGCCAGAUACACAGCAAGAUCCGACCAAACUGGCCAUCGGGGUCGAAGGCGGGUUCCUGCCGGACGACAAGUAUGAGACCAUCAAGGUGGGAGUCGGAAACGUAUGGCGUUUCCCGUACCUGGCAUACACCUACGGUGGAGGUGCGUUCCUGAUUCCCUACGGGCUGAGCUUGGCGCUGCUGGGAAUACCACUUUUUGUACUAGAAUUGGGACUCGGGCAGCUGACUCGUCGUGGCACACUGGGAAUGUGGACCAAGCUGGGCUUGCCACGCUGGCAAGGUGUAGGGUUGGCAGCCAUGAUGUGCACAUACCUUGUGGGGUUGUACUACAUCGUCAUCCUCGCAUGGACGAUCUACUACUUGGGAAGGACCAUUGCUGCCUUGCCAUCUGGCUACUUGCCCUGGAGUGAUCUGGCUCCCGGAGUCAGUUGCCCCAGCAAAGACAUCUACCUGCACAAGACAGUGGCAGACAGCGACUACUUGGUCGAUAGCGUCACGGGGCUGCUGAACACGACCUUGGUUGCAAGCACUUGGUGUCCGGCGAAGACUGGUGAUCUGCCACCUGCGGACUACGUCCUGAGGACGCUGCAGCCCACCAGGUGUCCAGCACGAAUGGCGAAGAUCUUCUGGGAAGAGCAAGCUUUGAAUCAAAGCAGCGGAUUGGAUGAGUUCGGAGGCUUGAAUCCUGGUCUGGUAGUCUCCCUGACCAUUGCAUGGCUUGUGAUUUGGCUGAUCGUUUUCAAGGGCGUGAAGAGCUCCGGAAAGGCUGUUUACGUCACGGCCACGCUGCCAUACCUAUGCUUGGUAAUUUUCUUGGUACGUGCACUGACAUUGCCGAACGCAUUUGCUGGCUUGAAGUUUUUCUUCGAAGCAGAUUUCAGCCACCUGGCAGACCCUCAAGUCUGGAUCCAUGCAGCCGUUCAGAUCUUUUUCUCCUUGGGCGUCGGCUACGGUUCCAUCGUUGCUUUCGGCUCCUACGGGAGGAAAGAUGGCAACUUUGUUCGUGAUGCCACAUCAGUUGCGAUCACGAACUGUGGCACCUCUAUCCUGGCUGGUUGCGUAGUGUUUCCCGUGUUGGGUUUCUUGGCGCAGGAGUUGCACCAGACAGACCCGUGCAUCUCUGCAGAUAACUUUGACGGCCUGAAGAGCAUCGGCUUGUCUGGGACAGGACUUGCCUUUGUUGCUUUUCCAAUAGCAGUGUCGCAGAUGCCUGGAAGCUUUUUCUUUGCAAUACUCUUCUUCUUCAUGAUGCUGUUGCUCGGGAUUGACUCGCAAUUUGCCUACAUUGAAACGUUGGCCACCGUCCUUGCUGAUGCUGGUUGGGGAGAGCGACUGUCACGUCCAGCAUUGUCAGGACUGAUAUGCCUGGUUUCUUACUUGUUGGGCUUGGUCUUCGUGUCCAGAGCUGGGAUCUAUUUCUUGGAUUUGUUCGACAAUUAUUGCAGCAUCUAUGUCAUGUUUGCAGUGGGAUGCUUGGAGUGCGUCGGCCUGCUCUGGACUCGCCAGGGGAAGACUUGGGAACACUUCAAGACCCUUUGUAUGGAGGAGACUGGUCGCCACCUGGGACACCUCUACAAGGUGAUUUGGGGAUGGAUUUGUCCCGGGCUGUGUCUGUUGCUGGUGAUCCUGAGCAUCACGCCGCCCUUUGGCAAGCUGGACGUCAUGGACGCGCAUGCGUCAAAGCCCUUUCCGCAAGGAGCGGGUUUCUUCCCCAGCUGGACCAUUCCUUUUGGAUGGGUCCUGGCUUCUCUGCCUAUGGCUGCAAUGGCCGCUGACUCCUCAGUUUGCUUUUGCUUGCACCCUGUAAACCUUAAUGCCGCGCAGCGUGCUGACCAGGGAGCAAAAUCCAUGGAUGCUGUGGCCCAGUGGGAAGAUGACGAAGUGACCGAGUCUAAGUACUACAAGGACUUGGUGCAGUUGCCGGCAUCGAAGAAGAUCAGCCCCAACCCCAAGGACUGGCAGUGCGAAAAGAGCGGCGAUACACAAAACCUUUGGCUGAAUCUUUCGGACGGGUUCAUUGGAGGUGGCCGCAAGUUCUGGGAUGGCUCCGGUGGUAGCAAUGGGGCCCUGGACCAUUUCACAGAGGAAAACGCAAAGGGUAACUUUUACCCGCUUGUUGUGAAGCUUGGAACAAUCACGCCUGCAGGCGCGGACGUGUAUUCCUAUGCGCCCGAUGAAGACAAAAUGGUGAAGGACCCAUUGCUUGCAAAGCAUCUCGAGCACUGGGGUAUUGACGUCAUGAAGAUGGAGAAAACGGACAAAACACUGGCUGAAAUGCAGGUGGAUCUCAAUCUCAACUAUGAUUGGUCCAAAAUUUGCGAGUCCGGUGACAAGCCCCUUGUGCGUCUGCGAGGGCCAGGUCUUGUUGGUCUGAAGAACCUUGGGCAAUCCUGCUACAUGAAUUCAUCGAUCCAGCUUCUGCUCGCUCUGCCUGAAGUGAAGCAGCGCUACCUCGAUGCGGAACUGCAGAUCCGGAAGUCUGCACCAGCGGAAGUGCAGAAUGAUCUGCUCAGCCAGGUGGCCAAGCUCGUCAGUGGCCUGAACGGCCCGCGGUACGCACCACCCCUGAAGGAUGGGGAUGAUGAGGAAGAUCCCAGAUACUCCAUCGCGCCGCAGAUGUUCCGCUCGCUCAUUGGGCGAGGGCACGCGGAAUUUUCCACCGCGAGGCAACAGGACGCUGCGGAGUUUGUUCAGUACUUCCUGGAGCAGAUGGCGCGCACAGAGCGGAGUGCUCUUGGCUCGCGGGUCUCUGGAGAUCGCUCCACCAGCGGCCUCUUCGACUUUGCAGUAGAAGAGCGGCUGCAAGAAAGUUCUGGUCAGAAGAGAGUGAAGUAUAGCAAGGUCGCGCAAAACAUGCUUGGUCUUCCCGUUAAGCUAGAUGACGCUGAGAACCUCCAAGAGGUAACAGCCUUCAGAGCGGCGAAGGACAAAGAUGAGCAAGAGGCAAAGAAGCCCAAGACAGAAGGUGAGCCCGAAGAGCCCAAGCCCGUGAUACCCUUGUCGUCGUGCUUGGCAAGAUUUGGAGCCCCCGAGGAGGGCGUCCAGUUUCGAGGCAGCGCUGCUUCGAAGACGUCCAGGAUGGCCAGCAUGCCGAGGUACCUGCUUGUGCAGCUUCAACGAUAUUACGUUGACGAGAAGUGGUGCCCAGCCAAGUUGGACUGCAAGGUGCAUAUGCCGGACACACUGAAUCUUGAGCAUCUCCGCGGGAAAGGCCUUCAACCAGGAGAGGAGCCAGUGCCCGAGGAAGAUGAUGCUCCGCAGGGCGCUCCAGCUGCGGCAGCACCGCAAGCAGAUGAUAUGAUAGUGGCUACUCUGGUGUCCAUGGACAUAGGUGAGAACGCGGCCAAACGUGCUAGUUUGGCAGUGGGCAACUCCAGUGCGGAAGCUGCGAUUGCGUGGUUCUUCGAGCACAAUACUGAUCCCGACAUCAACAACCCCGUGGGCUCAUCGCCAGCAGGAGCAGGGGCUGGCGGUGCCGGCAGCGGCGACGCGCCAGACCCAGAAGCAGUUUCCAUGCUGUGCUCCAUGGGUUUUGCACAGAACCACGUACAAGCGGCCCUGAGGUCGUGUAUGAAUAGCGCGGAGAGAGCUGCAGAUUGGUUGUUCUCCCACUCGGACGACUUGGAUGCAGCUGUCGCCUCCUUGGGCGGCCAGAGUGCUGGUGGCGCAAGUGCGCAGAGGAGAAGGCAAUUCAUGGGUCAUCUUUGA